AUGGAAGGGAAAAUAAAUAAGUUCUUUUUAUUUUUUAUUAAAAUGUGUGCAUUUCCAAUAUUAAUAUGGAUAUGGUUGUGUUUCUACGAAGCAUUAACUUUCCUUCAAAAAAUAAGGGAUAAGAAAAUUACUAUAAAUAAUUCAUUAGAUGUAAGAGUUAGCAGAUUAUUAAAUGGAAAAACGAAUGUCCAUUACUUACAUCAAUAUCCAAAUAUAAGAAAAAGGAUAAAAGAUAUAGUAGAAGAUGAAAAUAAUUUUUCAGAACGAUCUGGUGCAUUAACUCAUGAUGAGAAUUUUCAAAAUCAAAUUAAUAUGAUGCUCCAUAAUGACAUGUCAGAAAAACCAUGUAAUCCUCGUAAAUUCCAAGAUAAUUUCAAGAAAACAUAUAAUCCAUCCACGUAUUAUUACAAUUUUGAAAAAUCAUAUUAUUCACCUAAGCAUAAUGAUAAUAUAAGAAAACAGUUUGAUACAUUAAAACAAGAUUUGCAUUUUAAAAAGCAUUUUAUCGAGCUUCCAAAGAAUAAAAAUGUAGAUAAAAUAUAUAAAACAACAAAACAUUACGGUGAAAUUUUAGAACAACUUGAUAUAUUAAAAUUUGAUAAAUAUUUUAAAAGACCACGUAGUGGUUUAAAACGUAAUAAUAAUUAUAAAAAAAGUUCUGACGUAUUAAAAUAUGACAGUGAUUACGAACAAACACAAAAUGUAUUAGAGCCUCAUGAUUAUUUAAAAUCAGAAAAUGAAAUGCAAAAAGGAAAUUUUCAUGAUUUACUUAAUAGAUCAAAAAACAAAUUAAAACCCAAAAUUUCCCCUCUUAAUUUUCUAAAAAAAACGGAUUCAAAGUUUGAAUUCAAAGUGUUACAAUCUGUAAAUAGGAAAUCGAAUGUCCAUACUUUUUCUAAUUCUAAAAGUAAAUUUUGCACUUUAUUACAAUGUAUGAAAAAAUAUAAUAUAUUUUUUCCAGUUAUUAUAAAUAUUGCAAUUGUAAUUGGACUUUUGUCAAUAAGAAAUGAUACAGGCACCCUCAUGUUUUGCAUCAUAGGAAUUUUAUAUAUAAUUUAUUAUAAAUUCAAAUUAAACAAAAUCAUAAAAAUAUAUAAAAUUUACAAGACACUUAAAAUUAAUAAUAACGUUAAACAUAAUCAAUACCCUAAAAAAUCCUUUUGUUUAAAUCAACAAAUUUAA